AUGGCUUACUGCUACAUCGACGUUGCGGGAGACGAAGUCUGCGAAGACGAUGCUUGGGACGAUUGGGAACGCUGGGUGGUUCUAGGAACGGUGCUCGGCGGAAUACUUCUUAUUCUCCUGGGCUUUCUACUCUUUGCAUGCAUCACGGCAAGAAAACGACAGAAAGCAGGCACCACGCCAUAUAAGGGAACCGCGUGGACACUGGGGGUCACACCUCCUGGCCAUAACCCUCCAACAUACACGAAAGACGUUGAGAUGGGUCCUCAGCCUCCACCAGCCUAUGCGACGGCUCCCAACGACCAGACUGUCCGACCAGGAUAUGAGCAAGGACAGCCAGUCUACCCACCUGCAGCACAACAGCCCUACCCGCGAGGAGAGUAUGAGGCAACACAGUGA